AUGAGGGAUCGCCAGAGGCGAGAGACGAUGUCCACGUUUGUGGCUGACAGUUUCACAGAUAAUAAAUCUGAUGACAAUCCAAGGCCCACUUUUAGUCCGAAGCAAGCGACCAAACUGGCACAGCAGCACUAUGGACUGACAGUGACUGAGAUCUCCACCCUGCCCAGUUACAUGGAUCAGAACUUCCUUGUGAUGGAUCAGUCCAGUACCCACUAUGUCCUGAAGAUUAUGAACUCAAGGGAGAGUAAGAACACCGCUCUGCUGGGGCUGCAGACCUUUGCCAUGUCCUUUCUGCACAGCCAUGGAGUCCCUGCCCAGACGGCUGUUCCCACUGCAACAGGGAAGCUCAUGGUUAUGGAGGACAAAGACUGUGGACAUGGUGCUCAGAGCUUCUGUGUGAGGCUGAUGACUUAUCUCCCAGGAAAUACCAUUGCCAAGUCUCCAGUCAAAACACAAGAUCUGUAUCAUGUUGGGACACUGGUGGCAACCAUUGAUAAGACACUACAGCAGCUGGCAUCUCCAGACAUGGGUGUCUUAGAAAAAGAUGAAGUUUGGAGCUUGUCUAAUAUUCCUCUUGUGGAGAGUUACCUGUCAGUGAUGGAUGGAGAUCCUCUGCAGGACAUCGUCAGAGCAGUCAUUCAACAGUAUAAAUCCCAUGUGCUGCCCAAAAUCAGCUCUUUUCAAAGAGGAAUAAUACACGGGGACUUAAGCGACCAGAACAUCCUUGUCACACCCGUUGAUGAUGGGCAUUACCAGGUGUCGGGGGUCCUGGACUUUUCUCUGCUCAUGAACGACUGCUACGUGUUUGAACUGGCAGUAACAAUCAUGUACUUGAUGCUGGAAGAUCCCCGUCCUUUGGAUGUAGGUGGAGCAGUGCUGGCAGGAUGGGAGAGCAUUAUGCUGCUCAACAACGAUGAAAAGGAUUCCCUCUUCCUGCUGGUGCUCGGUCGCUUCUGCCAGUCUCUGGUUUAUGGCAGGUUUAAUGCCAAAAAAUACCCAGACAACAAAGAAUAUCUCCUGACUACAGCCAAAAGUGGGACUCGGCUUCUCACCAAACUGUGGGGGCUUGGCAAGACAGAAGUGGAGAGGAAAUGGUUCACAGACGCAAGCACAUUCUUAGACAAUUAA